UUUUGGGGGCCUUAAAUAUUGGGGGCAUAAGAUAAGGGUUUCGCCAGCCUUACCCUAAAGCCGCCCUUGCCUCGCUCCGCCGCCCGGUUGCUCUCCAAUCUCCGGCGCAGGCCUGUGGUUAAGGAGGUGCUUGGUCUGCAAUCUUCGAGAAUAAACGCUCUUAUUGAUUAUAUUUCGUUAUUAUGGAUCCUCCGAAAGAACUUAGCUACAAACCUCCCCCAGAAUUUGAGGAGGUCAAAAAGGAUUUACUUAUUAAUCUUAACUUAGCAGACUCAACUGAGCUCUGGCUUAUCCAAUGGCCCUUAAAUCAUCAUCCAGAUUUUGAUGGGAGAGAAGUUUCGUUGAAGCUCCAUCAUGAUGGGCAUAUGGGCAGCUUUGAGGAUUCAUCUGGUAAAUCAUAUGAAGUGGUCAGUUGUAGAGCGCUGGACCUAGAUGCGACGGUCUUUAUAUCUUCUGAGUCUGAGACAAAAAUUGCUGGGAAAAUUUCACGGCGUGUUUCCCUUAUCCGUUACCCAGAGCCAAGUGAGCUUAAACAGAACAGCAUAAACUUGAAGCAGAUGGCUCAGCGGUCGUCUGCUACUACAUUGACCAAUUCAUCUCGUCGCUUUGCAACUCCUACUCAAAGUAACAGGACUCGGAGUAUGCGAACAGCGAGUGGCUAUACUCCUUCCAAUAGCAGAAACAGAAGCUCUCUGUCUGAAGCAGGGGAACCAUCAAAAUCUACCAAGAGAAAACACCGUGAUGGCCCUGCGAAAUCCAAUGACCAAUCUGCUCAAGAUUCAGGAAGGGAUCAUAGUGCAUUGACUUCAGGGUCCUUGGAUCAAUCUCAAGAACAAAAAUCAAAGAAGAAAAGGAAAAUUGAUGGUUGAAGUGUUGGCUUAUGGUUUUUCUGCGACAUUGAUUUCUCUCGGGCAUCUGUUGUAAAACAAAUAUGUGGUUCUUGCCCCACAGAUGGUGUCUAUGUAGUGAUUUUUAGGUUUUACAUUUAUUGCUGCUCAUUUUAUGAGGUGAAUCCCCACUGAAUUUCCAUUGACAAGAAAGCUUUUUGUUUAUCUAACACAGGAAACUAGAAAUACUGUGCAAGUUCAUAUAUAGGAGUAAAUACUACAUCGAACAGAGCAUAAUUUUCGUUUUUA